GGAAUAUUGAAACAGGAAAUAGGUCUCUGCUAUUAAAGCUUUGUUUUUGUUUCUUUUGACUUCAUUUCUCGAAGCCUAGUUGGUGAUCAUUAAUCGUGGACUUGGUGAGUUUAUUUCUAUGUUAUGCUUGUCUGAUGUAGAUAGUAUUUAAUUUGCACUGUUAUUCACUAUGCUUUAGAGACUGAGCAUUAGAGACACAGGUUAUAUCCAUAGUCUCUAUGUGAUAUCCCUGGCUGGAUAAAUGAUAAGGAUACCAAAUUAUGGUUCUAUCUACUAAUAAGCGAAUGAGCAAAAUGAAGAGUCAUUUUCCAAAGUUUUCUCUUUCAGCUCCAUAGUGGAUAGUAGAUAAGUCCUUAAUAGAUUACCCUUAACUAUGGCAAUUCUAUGUAAGGAUACCACAUUGGCAAAGAAUCAAAAUAAAGAAAAACUCUUGUCUCAUUUACAAAUUUCAGAGAUUAAUGAAACUUUGAGACAAAAUUAGUUUUUUUCAGAAUUAAUAUUUUCUGAAUUUGUGAUGAUUUGAAAUGUGAAAAUUAUUUUUUUCACCAGUGCAUAUUCCUAUCACAUAUCUAAUAUGUAUUAAGUGCCUGAUUAUGUUUAACUAUUCUUUUUUAAUCAUAACAUACUACAUUUUGCAAAUUUGCAUACAAGGAAUGUGACAGUUAGAAAGACUGACAGCCAUGGAAACUGACAAACACAGACUUUGACAGCCAGAAAAACGGACAAGUAAAGACUGUGUUAGCCAAUGAAAGACUGAUAUGUAACAUUACAACCAGCUGCUACAAAGCUAAACUCAGUUCUUUGCAAAGUUCGUGCUACACUGCCAUCUUCAUACUGAGUACAUACUCUGUUUAACACAUACUAAACAUAGCAUGUUCCAGACUCUCUACAGGACAAGUUAAAUAGAUUACAAAACUAACACACAAGCACAAAGUAUCAAAACAUUUAGAAAAAAAGUAAGUAUGAAACAUAUAUACAUUUAUCCACUGCUAGCCAGUAUAUAAAUAUGAACAUAUAUACAUGUGUCUGCCUGUCUAUCUAUCUAUUAACAUAAAAAAAAAUAUUGUGUCCCUGGCGCAAUUUGAACACUUUCCUAAGAACCAUGAAAGAUAUCAACAAGAACAAAAAAGUUACAUUUGCGAAACUAGGUGCCAGAGAGUUGCUAUAUCCACUUAUUACUCUACGAAAUGCUAAAGUUACAAUCAACAUAUACAUCAUUAACAGAUUGUAAUAAAAACACACAUAUUUUGUAUUUAACUUUGUCAAAAAAAUACAGUAUGUUUGUUUUAAAUUUGGUCUAUCUGUUGCUGUCAGAGACUGAUAGACAGAUGCUGUGGCAGACAGACUGAUAGACAUGGAUGGCCAUAGAGAAUUAAGAAUCAUAGUCAGAAAGCUAGCCAAAGAGAUCGUCAGUAUGUUUCUGUUAACCAUUCUGACAGAGUAAGACUUGCAAAAUAAUGACUGACAUGGUCACACUGGCAAACAAAUAGUGAACAGAAUAAUUACUGACAUACAGGCAGAAUGUAAAAUAUUUUAGUACAAGAAUAAUGGAGUCGUAAAAUCAAAAAAAGAUGCUAAUGAGGAUUUGGCAAUGUUUUGAAAUUAAUAAAGAAUCUUUGGAAAGUCGUGUAUGGGGAAAAUGAUUUCACCCUUUGGAGUUCGAACUCUGUUUUAUUGUGUAGAGUUUGUCAUUGAAUGUGUGUGUGACUGUCUGUGUCUAUCCAUCAGAGUGUGUAUGUCAGUGAGUGAAUGUGUAUCUGAGAGCAUGUUCAUGUCAGUGUGUGUCUGUCAGUGAACCUGUGUGUUGGUUAAACAGUGUGUGAGACAAUGAUUGUCUGUCAGUGAGUGAAUGUGUAUCUGAGAGCAUGUUCAUGUCAGUGUGUGUCUGUCAGUGAACAUGUGUGUUGGUUAAACAGUGUGUGAGACAAUGACUGUCUGUCAGUGAGUGAAUGUGUAUCUGAGAGCAUGUUCAUGUCAGUGUGUGUCUGUCAGUGAACAUGUGUGUUGGUUAAACAGUGUGUGAGACAAUGACUGUCUGUCAGUGAGUGAAUGUGUAUCUGAGAGCAUGUUCAUGUCAGUGUGUGUCUGUCAGUGAACAUGUGUGUUGGUUAAACAGUGUGUGAGACAAUGACUGUCUGUCAGUGAGUGUAUGUGUAUCAGUGAGAUAUGUGUGUGUGUGUGUUUGUAUUCCUUCCACUACAGUGUUCCUUUAAGGGCUUAUGGAAGAAAUGUGUUAGGAGAUUCCCAGCAUAAGGAAAAACAGACCAUAUGUAGCAGUAAAAUAUAUUACAAUUUAUCAAAAAUGCAACUAAAGCAAAAAUAAUUUAAAAUGAAAAUCCAUAUAUAAAUGUUAUACCAUAUCACAUAGCUCCUUGAUGUUGCUGCACAUGUGUUGCCCUAUAUCAGUAAAAAUCUGCAUUUCACAAUCUCCCUUUGUGGAACCAUUCUGUAUGAUGUCUCAUGCAUAGUGUGUUCAUCAUUGUAUUAUUAGUUACAGAUUAAGGAACAGAGCGCACACAAAUAAGCCUUUUAUAUUUUACAAGGCUAUUUAAAAUCACUAAUCUUAGCAAAGAAAUAUGGGGAUGCAGUUCCACCAUAUGGUCAUAACGUAUUAAGCCCACCAUUAUGUCACAGCACACCAAUCAUUUUAAUAUUGUCCAUUAAGAUCAGUUCUGGGAACCUCAGUCUUCACCAACAUCAUUGCAAAUAUAAGAUAGAGUCCUCUCCUGAUCUCACCUCAUCCCUCUUGACUAGUGUCUCUAAUUGGAUGGCUGCCUACUUCCUUAACCCCUUGCAGACACAUGACAUGUGUGACAUGUCAUGAUUCCCUUUUAUUCCAGAAGUUUGGUACUUAAGGGGUUAAACUCAACUUGAUCAAAACUGAAAUUCUGGUCUUUCCUCCCUUAAGUUUUGCUACUCCUGUGUCUGUCUCCCUCCAAGUCAACGGUGCUACCAUCAGCUCCACCACACAGGCUCGCUGCCUAGGUGUUCUAUUUAACUCCGACCUCUCCUUCACACCUCAUGUUCUGUCUAUCACCAAAUCCUGCCACUUCCAUCUUAAAAACACUAAGUGCAUCUGACCCUACUUAAUGCCAGAUGCCACUAAGGUGCUGGUCCAUUCCACUGUCCGUUCUUGACUACUGUAAUCUGCUUCUCAAUGGUCUUACGUGCUCCCAACCUGCACCAUUACAGUCCAUAAUGAAUGCAGCGGCGAGGCUCUUCUUCCUGCUCGCCUUCCCCUCCACACCUCAUCUUUCUGUCAGUCCCUACAUUGGCUUCCUGUAAGAUAUAGGGCUUUAAGAUUCUGGUUCUUGUUUUCAAAGCUCUAAAUAAUGCUGCACCCACUUAUCUAUCCUCCCUAAUACACAAGUAUGUCCUGUCUAGGCCCUUACGCUCUCCUAAAGACUUAUGCUUAUCUUCUGUCCAUACUCCCACCUCUGAUGCUCACCUUCCUCCUCCUGAGUUAAAUGCUCACCCAGUCUCCACUCCUUCAAAAAAAUCAUUAAAAACCCACUUCUUCAUAAAAACGUAUCAAUUAAACUGUUAAUAGCUCCCGACUGAUUCCUCUCUUGCAACUGUCAUUAUUCUAAUACUGUGUCACUUUACCCCACUCCCUCUAGCAUGUAAGCUCAUUGAGCAGGACCCUCAAUCCCUCUGUUCCUGUGUGUCCAAUUUGUCUGGUUACAACUACAUGUUUGUUUCCACCUACUGUAAAGCACUGCGGAAUUUGUAGGCGCUAUAGAAAUAAUCACAAAAUAACAAUAAUAAUAAACUCGUUUUCCUGGCACUAUAGUUUUCUAGGGGCCCCCUCCCUCUCACCCUCCUUCCGCAGUACUGAAGGAGUUAAAACCCCUUUAGUCACUUACCUGAAUUCAGAAACGAUGUCCCUGGAGCUGGGUCAGGCUCCGCCCAUGCUCCUCCCCGCCGACAUCAGGCAUUGGGAGAAACCUAAUCUGUAUGUGCGGCAAUGGCCACGCUCGCAUUAGAAUUUCUCCAUUGGAAAGCAUUAUCUAAUGCUUUCCUACGGGGAAAAACCUGACACUGGGGGAGACUGAAAGCGCAUGCAUGGUAAUUGCCGCACUCGCUUUAGAAUUUUUCCAUAGGAAAGCAUUAUUCAAUGCUUUCCUAUGGGGAAAAAUCUGACUCUGUAGGUCCUCAUGCAGAGUGUGAGAUAAAUGACCAAAUAUCAUCUUUUCAGUCUCUUUUCACCUUCUGAUUGGCCAAAAAUUGCACUCCUAAUGGAUUUGACUCAUGCACCACUUUAAAAUGUAAUAGCACAAUUAAAUAUAUAAUGAAAUAUGUACAUAUUUAUACGCAUAUUUCUUACAUGUUUCUUUACAUGUACAGCUCUUAUUUCAAGCAACAUUCUUAAGAAACAUGUUUAUCUUUUUGAGGGAGAUAGAAGACAGAUGGUCAGGAAUUUAAUCAUAUUAUAAAUGAGAAUAAAUUAACAAACAAACUAUAUAAGUGAUACCUUUACUGGCUAAUGAAAAAUGGAUAUUCGUAAAUGUUAAUGACGCUAAGGUCUCUUUAAAUUUAAAAUCCCUUAGCUUAAAGGGACACUAUAGUCACCAAAACAACUUUAGCUUAAUCAAACAGUUUUGGUGUAUUGAUCAUGCCCCUGCAAUCUCAAUGCUCAAUUAUCUGACAUUUAGGAGUUAAAUCACUUUGUUUAUGAACCCUAGUCACACCUUCCUGCUAUGAACAAUGCAUGUGACUUCACAAACUUCCUAAACACUUCCUGUAAAGAGUCAUCUAAUGUUUAUCCUUCCUUUAUUGCAAGUUCUAUUUAAUUUAGAUUCUAUUCACACUAAAACUGCUUCAUUAAGCUAAAGUUGUUUAGGUGACUAUAGUGUCCCUUUAAGAUAUGCCAUGUCAAACCUUUCCCUGUGUCAGGUAAACAAGUGAACUCUGCAUGCACUGUCACACUCUCUUAUCUUACAUCUCAUACAGAGUAAUUUACUUAAUCAAGAAUUCAAGGAAUUUCACAUUUAAGGUGAAAAUAGCCAAACUGGAACAUUCUCUAAGUUAGUGGUUCCCAAACUUUUUAGGUUCAAGGCACUCUUAAUAUUUCAAUAUUUUUCCAAGGCACCCUAAGUAUAAAUUUCUAGGUUGCGUAUCUGUACAGCGCGGCAGCAUUUACUGGCGCUAUAAUGUAAUGUACAGUGUUGGCGUUUGAAGGGGUGCUUGUAUAUAGUUUUAGGAUUUUAAUACAAGGGUAUGUUUGUAUCUAAUGUUUGCGUUUGAUUGUAGGGUUGUGUCUAAAUCGAACGCAAACAAAUGCGGAUGUACAUUUGUGUGAAGUAUUUGUGUUUGAAUGAAGGGAAGUGUUUCUAUUUUUUUGUUUUAAUGCAGGCUUGUGUUUGUAUGUAUUAUUUUAUUAGAUUGCAGGAGUGUGCUUGUAUGUCGUGCUUGUGUUUGACUGCUUGGAUGUAUGCACAUACACUACCACAUACAUACAUACAUACAUACAUACUUACACAGAUAUUUAUGCACAUUAACACACACACACACAUAUAUAUAUAUAUAUAUAGAGAGAGAGAGAGAGAGAGAGAGAGACAUAUAUAUAUAGCCAAAAAAGAAACCCGCAGGGGUCGAAACGUCGGUUGUUUACCUGCACAUGAUUUAAUAAAACCACAUUUUUUCGAUUGAAAAGGCCUGUGAGUGCAUCCUGGAAAUUUCUUUUUUGGCUAUAUUUUGGAUGCAUUGUGGAUUGCACCUAGGCAGAUAUAUGGUGUAUACCGAAGGGGAGAGGGCCAAGCUAUCCACUGUAUUUCAUAUAUAUAUAUAUACACAGUUUCAGUGUAUUGAUCAUGCCCCUGCAAUCUCAAUAUAUAUAUAUAUAAAUACACUGACACAGUGUAAAUCUGGAUUUCAACUGUGUAUAGGGUGGGCCAAAAUUCAGAGUAGGAUUUGACAGGACAAUAACGUAUUUGUUAGUAGUUCGAUUUUUGUUGUUGCAGGUACAUAUUAUAGGAGAGUCUUGAAAGACUCGUCAUGGGUGAUUUCACGAAGGUGCAACAAGUAAAAAUAGUUGAAUUUUAUUUUCAAGGCUGAGACAACUGUUCGGUGAGUGGAUAAUUUCCACAUUAAAUAGUCGCCAUGUUUGUCCACACUUUCAGCUCCCAAUGAAUUCCUGUUAGGAUAUCUGAAGGAGCAAGUGUAUCUCAACAAACUGCGUGGACUUGAGCAGCUCAAGGAGAAUAUCUGUGCAGAAAUUUGAGCGCUGGAGCUUUAAACAUUAACUAAUGCUAUGAACUUUGAAUUUUGGCCCAACCUGUAUAAGUGUGGGAAUAAGACUUCUCAGGUAAAAUUCCAAAUGGAUCACUUCUUUCAGUUAUAGACGGAGUUCCAUUCCCGCAUGAAGACUUUUUAUUUCCUGCGCAUUCUGUGCACAUGAGAUUCGGGGGUUCUGAUUUGAUUUCCUGUGUUUCAAAUUUUAGACUUGUGCACAAAUCUCCUUUAGCUGUGCUGAAUGAAUCAAAUGCCUGUGAAUCUAUGGAUGUACAAGUAGAUUCUUUCACCCAAAGAAUGGCAGACAUUUGAUUUGUUCAUCCAUCUGAAAUGGGAUUUGUACACAAGUAUAGUGAUUCUUUUUUUCUGCUCAUUAAAUUUCCACAAGUGUAAUUUAGUUGUCAAAUGUAUAUUUUAUUAAUAUAAUUAUUCAAAGCCCUUAUUUAAACUUUCCCAAGCUACUUUAAUUUAUUGAGUUUUAUUUGUAAGAACAUACAAGAGUGAAUAGGUUUAUUUUCUUUAGUUUGGAUGUAAAAUAAUAUAUUCACUGCAUGUAAUAUCUCACACAAAUUUUGUUUUUACCUGAUGUAGCAAAAAUCAAAAAUCAUAAAAAAGAGAGAAUAUAUAAUCUCGCCCAUCCACUUGCCUGCGUUAUCCCAUACCAUCUCACCUUAUCAGAUCUCUAUCCUCUUGCCUUGUGCUGUCCUUGAUGCAUAUCUUCAAGUGCUCUCUUUCUUCUGUCCCUGUUUCCCUUAAACAUGCUACUGUUGUUUCCUUCCCCUUCCAAGAAUCAUCCCAUAUCCCUGCUCUUUUUUUCUUCAAAGCUUCUAGAAAGACUUGUCUUUACUAAUUUGGCUUGCUUUCUCAAUUCCAACUUUCUCCUCAGCCCUCUUCAAUCUGACUACCGCACCUUGCACUCUACUAAUCUAUCAUGACCGCUCUGCUGCCUUUAACACUGUUCACCAUGCCCUCCUUCUAAUCCCUCAGUUUAUGUGACACUGCCCUCUUGUGGUGCUCCUCCUAUCUCUCCCAAAAUGCAUUCAGUGUCUCUCUUUUUCUAAUGAUACAGUGAGGGAAGAAAGCAUUUGAUCCCCUGCUGAUUUUUAAUGUUUUCCAAGGGUAAGUGUAACAGUGAGCAACAGAAUAGCAAUAAAAAAAAUCCCCAAAAAUGCAUGUCAAAAAAGUAAUAUAUUGUUUGCAUGUCAAUGAGUGAAAUAAGCAUUUGACCUCUUUGACUUAGUACGGUGGCAAAACCGUUGUUGGUAAUCACAGAGGUUAGAUGAUGUUUCUUGUAGUUGGCCACCAGGUUUGCAUACAUCUCAGGAGGGAUUUUGUCCCACUCCUCUUUGCAGAUUCUCUCCAAGUCAUUAAGGUUUUGAGGCCUAAGUCCAAGUAGGAACUUCGAGAAGGAGCUUAAGUCCGCUCCAUUUGUUGUGGUCAAAUACAUUUUCCCACAAUACUCACCUCUCCUCCGUGAUCUCUAGUUGCUUAAUUCGCCAUUUGAACGACCUGUCAUAUAGACAGGAUGACGAAGAAACUACUGAAUUUCAUCCUAACAAAAUGAGUACAGUUUGUCCAUUUGUGUUAGAAAGAAAUUUGUGCAUUUUGUUCGGUUCAAAAUUUUAUUUGAACGAAGGAAAUUCCGAUCCGAUUAGUGCCGCCGCUGCAUCUUACAGCUAUUUAGUAGGUAACUCCCUAAUUCCCAUGGCAUUAGGGAGCCAUCUACUAAAAGGCUGAAGGACCAAAACAGUCCCUGAUUGGAUGUCCUGUGAAUUUAAUUUUACAUCUUACGUUUAAAAGAAAACUAGAUCAGAAAGGGAAACAGAUUCUCAGAGAGGAAGAGAAGAGGAAGCGAUUGGGGGAAGGUAAGUUUGACAGUGCCGUUUUAAAAUAAUGAACUAGUUUCCAUAUAGAAAUUAUUCUAUGUUCUGACUCUUGCUUUGAUAAAAUAAUUUCUGCUGUCAUGAACUAUUCAUUGUAAUUUCCGUUUCUCUAAGUUCACUACCAAGUUGGAGCUGUCUAGCAUUUUGGUGAUUUACCAAACUAUCCAAAUAAAUAAAGAAAAUGGUUGAAUAUGUGUAUGAUUUGUAUGUGAGGCCAUUCUUAUGGAGUGCAUGGUGUUUAUAUUGUACCUCCCUCCCCUAGGAAAUGUCAGAGAAUGAAUACCAGAAUGCGAAGAGCCUACAUUUAAACACCGUAACAGGUAAAAAGUAACAAUAGUAAUACACUUAAAGUCAGUCAUAAUGGAGAUAAUGGGAGACAGAGGGUAAUGUCUAUAGAAAAGUGUCAUUGUAGCUGUUAUGAGAAGUUAAGACUCCUAUACAGAGGAUGGAAGCAACCUAAAGUUAAAUAGAUGUUAUCUCAGAAAUAAUGAAUAAUAUUUUCUGUAUGAAGACAUAUUUAAUGUAUAUCUCGCUCAGAUUUCAGGAAAAAAAAGCCAUUACAACCACAGAGUCAACAACAAUCUUUUUAUGUUCUUUAUGGACUGGUCGCCCUCUGUGUUGGACUUCUCCUCAUGACUGCCAUGAUAAGUGCACUUGUCCCAUGUAAGAACUGUAUAUUAAUGAUCUAAUGAAGAAACAUAGAGUUACUGAAUGGUUAUUGAUUCUAAACUGGUCAAUGUGAAAGGUCAAAACCAACAGCAGAGUAUCCAUUUAAAGUAACUAUUUAAAGUAACUAUUGUACCACCUGCACUAGACCAAGUUCAUCUUGGGUCUCCAUCAUGUUUUUUUUUUAACAAGAAAAAUUACUAUUUUAAGCCCCUUUCUGAAAUUAUAUACAUAUUUCAGCAUUUGGAUGUUUAGAAAGAGAUAUCCUGAAGAAAAAAAAAUCUAAAUAAAAUAUAAAAAUAUAUUUUAACAUUUCGAUUGGUGUAAUUUGUAAAAAAUAAAAAUAAAAAUCUAUACAUAUAUUUAAAAUAAAAAGUUAAAAUUAUUCAAGGAGUGUAGAUUGUCAGUGCCGACAGAUAGGGUGCAUCCAAGUGGAGACCAUCAGCUACAUGUUAUCUUCUACUUGAUAUCAAAGCAGACAUUAAAGGGAAGCAUAGAGGGCUAAGCACAAUUUACGUCAGUCGUUCUCAAACAUAGUUUACAUGUCAAACAUCUUAAAGCUGUGUUUUUAUAUUAGUUUCCCCAGAGCUCAUCUUCCAAGUUCUAAACAAAACUCUAACUAACUUUGCAGCUUUUUAUUAUGGUCUAAGCUUUGCAGAGGUGUUGUUAAUUGAUCAUUGAUUAUUGAAUAAAACCCAUAGCAUGGACUUAUGUACUUGAUAUAGUAGUGGCUCGAGUGAUCUCAGAUAGCACACUUUAACAAUGAUUCUUCUAUUUAUUUCUUGCGCAGACCAUAAACUGAAACAGAUGAACCAAAAACUAGAGUUCAUGUUUAUUAAUAUGAAUGUUAGUGUGAACGCACAGAUGGAAUUUAUUUCUCAAGAAGGUAAAUGGGAUUUGAUUUAAUUAUAUAUUAAUAUUUAAAGCCCUCGAUAACUUUGAGCUGAAAGCAUAGAAUAAUGCACUAGACUAUGUUUAUCUUAUAAACACAAUUCACGUUACUUAUAAAGUGAAAAUUGUGGGGAAUUCACAGUAAAUUUUAAAUAAAUGUCUAAUUUAACUGGAAAUAUUCUCCAAGUCAGCUGUUUGGCUACUUUGGUUUUAAGUUGGAAAUUCACUUCAAAAUCCUUCUUACCUGCAACGAACUAAACAAAUUCCUGUUACUCUGUGGCCAAAUGAAUUGAUCCAGGAUUUACGCAAUGAAUCGAUUAGUUCAGGCAUAGAUUAACAGGAAUUUGUAAAAGUGUAACUUGCAUGAUAACUCCAAUUGUUCACAUCACAUUAAGCAGAUACAGUAUACACAUAACACAUUCCAUCUAAUUUCCAAAAAUAUUAAAUAUUCCCCAUCAAUGCCUCCUUUUACCCAACCCACUGCGUUCCUGUUUGGGGUAUGCUCAUUGCAUAUAGUUUUGCAAAUAUUCCACAGCUGUUACACCCUAGCAUUAAAACAACACUCACAGCUAUUAUACACUAGGGGUGGGAUCAGGCAGCCACACAGGUACAGGCAGUCAUAAACAGUUAUGGGCAGACACACUCACACACAGCUACAGGCAGACAGUAGCACACUGUUACAUACAGACACACACACACAAUUACAGGCAGAUAGUCACACAAACAAAAUAACAGACAGACAGUAACACACAGAGUUACAGGCAGAAAGUCACACACACAGUUACAAGCAGACAAUGAAGAAUACACAGGUACAGGUGGGCAGUCACAUGUAUACAGCCAUACAUACAGUCUAAGUAACACACAGUUACAUGUAGACAGCCACACACACACAGUUAGAGUCACACACACACACACAGCAAUCACACAUAUAAUACUUGCUUUCUGUGAAUUUUUACUAAAAGUAAUUUUAAAGGUUAACUGUCACAAUUUCACAAAUGACAUCCUAAUCCAGUUCAGGCAAGGCACAGGCAGGGCACACAUUGCGAAUGAAGAGGAUAAAUAGAAAAAAAUUAUAAAAGCUGUUUUCUUUUCUGUUCACACCAUAAUUUUCCAACAUGGUCAGUUUCUUACGUAUAAAAGCAAAUAUAAAUUCCCUCUUUAUACAUUGGAACAUUUUAUUUUCUGGUUACAGCAGACUGACAAUGGUGUGAUAAAAUAACAGAAAAAAAUAGAGCAAAAUUUCACUUCUCUUUUAUACACGGACAGUGAAAACAUGUCACACAAAAGGUGCGAGAAAAAUGUGUUGUUAUCGAUUCAACGAGGAAAUUGUUGCCAUAGAACAUAAACAAUAGGUUUACACAGAAUAAAAAAGAUGACACCAGGGGACUACAGACAAUAUCACAACUUUAAUGAGAUGAAGCAGUUACAUGCCUACAAUGUCCCUUUAAUAAUGGAAAAAAUAUGCCAAAUUAAAAAAUUACGUAAAAGCUGAAAUAAAUGAGCAACACUCUUUUUACAUGACCCUGAUUAUUUCAUUUCUCCUCUUCUCUGUAUGCCCUCUCGAUGCUGACCACGAGGGGCAAAGGACAGAUAAUGAUGACUGACAGGGAGCUAAGAUGGGGAAACCCAGUUUUAGGAUAAAAAUGUGUUCAUUUCUACAUUUCAUGUUACGUUUCACUAUUCAUAAACCUAUAUUUGCUAAAAACAGGAAAUAAGUAAAUAAUAUUAAACACCUUGGGAAGUGACAGUUGUCCAUUAACUUUAAUAUUAAUUCUGCAUUAUUAAUUAAAGCAGCAUUGUCAAGCCAAACUUACCUUUCCCCAUUCGCUUCCUCUUCUCUCCCACUCUCAAGAUCUCAAUUUCCGACAAUACUCACCUUCCUCUUGCUGCUUCAUUGGGUGUUCGAACGCUGGCAAAACUACCGAAUUUCUUUCUGACAGAAUGAGAACAGUUUGUCCAAUCAUGUUAGGAUGCAAUCUGGGAGUUUUUGUUUGGAUCGGAAUUUUAUUAGAAAUAAUUAAACUCUGAUCCUAUUCAUGCCACGAGUAGAUAGCUGCCUAAUUCCCAAGAUAUUAGGAAGCUUUCUACUAAAAGGCUGAAAGACCUAAAUUGGUCUUUCAGACAAAUUUACUAAUACCAAUUAAAGAUUACUUAGUAUUAGUAAUUAAGGGAGAUUAAAAUCUCCCUUCUGCAUCUACUCACUAUACUGCAAGUAGGGGCAUGUCUACUAAAUAGUGAGCAGCCAGUGGUCUCCCCCUAUGUUUUACUAGGGCUCCUACCCACUGAUCAUGGGUGGGUGAGGGCCGGGGGAGGAGGGAAUAGGUCCCCCCCAUUGUAUGUGAGGGUUCCCAUCUGCUGCUCAUGGGUGGGGGCUGGGGGGAAGGCAGUAGGUCCCCUCCAUUGUAUUUGAGAGCACCAACCCGCUGCUCAUGGGGGGUACAACACUAGGCCCCACCUGCCAUUCAUGAGUGGGGACCGGAGGGGGAGAAUAGGUCCUCCCCCCCUAUUUUUUACUAGGUCCCCCACCCGCUGCUUAUGGGUCGGGGCCAGGGGGGAGGCAGUACGUUCCACACCAUUAUAUUUUACGUGGGACAGACAGGUUUGGGGGAUUUAGAGAGAGGCUCUGCGUGGUUAUAGUGACUGUAAAUGAUGAAAGAUAUGUAGAUUAAAUAAGGAACAGUUAUUGAAGAGGGAACGAGAUGGGGUUUGUAGAAGGCAGGUAAACGUGUUCUUUAAUAGUUAUGUAUGGGGAGAUUGUCAUUGUUGUGUAUAUUGAGUGUGAUUGUUGUGAAAUUCCACAAUAAAUGUGUGUUCUCUUGACAGGAAGGUUGCAGCAUGACAAUUUGAAAUCCACCUUGGAGAGAAUAUCAGGCUGGGCGUUCAAGCAAUUAGUCAGUAAGUAGAUUAUUGUACUACUGUAUGUUUACUCAUGCUGGGUUUAAAAAGACACUCUAAAUAUCAAACAACUACAUCUGAAACAGUUUUGGUGUAUAGAACAUACCCCUGCAACCUCACUGCUCAAUCCUCUGACAUUUAGGAGUUAGAUAUUUUAUUUUUAAACCAAGCAACACCUCCCUGCAUGUGACUCACACAGCCUCCAUGAAAAAGAAAUAAGGUCUGUUUUAUAAUUAGAUCUUACAGCACACUAUGUUUACUUUAGAUAUUUUUAUUCCCUGCUGCGUUUAUUGAACUUUUAUCACACACAGGAAGUUGUUGUAGGAUUUAUCGGCAAUUAACAGAGCAGGCAAAAGGAAAAUCUAAAUUAAACACACUGUCUAAUAAGAAAAAACUUUAACAUUUAGGCUAUUACAGUCAAUGUGUGGGGAGGAUGUGUGUGUGUGUCAGCCAGUGGAAGUGUGGCACUGGGACAAAGGGGGACUUUCGAUUACUUAUUUCCCAGGGACCCUGUGAGUUGUCUGUCUGCUCCUGCCUCUGGUAGGUGCCAGACUAUGGAUAGACAGAAACCCCCUUUCAGUGUUACACUGCUCAAAACCUGUUUUAACUCAGAGUGAAGGGACAAUGUGAGACCCCCAAGAACUAUUGCCAAUUCAAUAAGAUGAAUGGCCAAAUAUAAUAGAAUUUGCAGUUGUACAACAACAAUUUGCAGAUCCCAGUACUAGAAAAACAUUUUAAGUGCAUAUAUAUAUAUAUAUAUAUAUAUUAACUCUUUCAGUACCAAGUGUUGGUAAAAUAUGAUGAUUACCAGGUGUCGUGAAUUAUCAAACUAUAUAUGUACGCAUACACAUAUAAACUUUGGUCUGUCUACUUUAACAAACAUUUAUUCAGAGACAAAACAGCAACAACAUUCAAAUAAUGACACACAAUCUAAUGAAACUAAAACAAUCACAAAAACUCCAAUCUAACUGACUAGCUAACUGACAAUAACAACUAAACCUUAGCUCAUGUCUGCUCACAUGUCUGUUUAAUAUCACAUCCAAACGGGAAGAGGGAGGAAUGGAGAUAAGGUGACGUGGUUCUCUUUUUCCUGACUUGUAAAGGUAUUGAUUUAUCUAAUUACCAUAUCAAAGGGUAAAGCUUAUCCCCCUGUAAGAAAGGCAUACCUGAGUUUGGUCACAUGACCCCUGGUCACCAUAUUACUUUGAUGACAGAAUCUCACCACACCAGACAUCUGAAAAGUUUAACAAAAAAAACAUUAUGUCGAAAUGUAAAAAAGGAAAUACAUAUGUUGUGCGGAGGUGUAGAUACUAGUAUUUGUAAAAGGAACAGACAGCUGAUUAUAUGAGUUUAUUUGCUGCUUAAUAAAUUAAAAGGAGAUUUCUGGUUCUGAAGAUUGAGAAAUGGUUACAAUCUAAGUUUUCACAGAUGAGAAAUAUAUAUGUUGGGCACACAUGUUCCUGUGAGAUAAGGUAACAGACAGAUAAUAAAGUGUUAGCUAGAUAGAAAGGAAUGAUAAAGGUUGCCAAAAACAGCGGGGAAUCCCCUUUAAUGAAUAUAGAAAAACACGGAGGCAGCCUAGGAAAGUAAAUAUUAAUAAUAUGAAAUUGAAAUGGUUAUUCUUUAAUAUUUACUUUUCAAGGCUGCCUUCAUAUUUUUGUUGUGGAUUUCCAAGGUAACAGAAAGGUACAAAAAGAGACUUGUUAUUAUAUAUAUAUAUAUAUAUUGUAAAAUGAAGAUUCACACAAUUCCCAGUGAGGUUUUAUGACUACUAGUGUAUUCUGAAAGGGGGGAGGGAAGCAAAUAAAUUAUUUAAAAAUGUUAUUUUUUGAGUGUCAGGAGAAAAGAAGCUCUAAUACACAGGUCUGGCCUUAGGUUUUUAGGUGCCCUGUGUAAAUAAUGUUCACAGCGCCCUUACCUGGUCACACUAGCAAUGAUUACAUUUCAGGGUUAAGACAGCCAGUAGAUGGGCUUCUUGCAGUUUCACAUGAAUUGAUGCUGGAUGUCAUCCAGAAUUUCCAUAAGAAAGUAUUAAGUCAAUAAUUUCCCAUGGGGAAGGCCUAAUCUGCCACAGUCCUCGACACUCAUGUGCAUUAAGUCUCCCCAUCGCUGAUGUCGGAGGAGGUGGAGAGCCAUCCAGUGCCGAGUCAGGUGAGUAGUUAAAGAAUUAUUUAGCCCAUUAACACCAGGGUGAGGGAUUUAAGGUCAGAAGGAAUACAGCUUUCAACAUAUUUAGAGUUGAACUGUGUAGUAUUUUUUUCUUGAAUAAGAGUUAUGGGCCAGGCCACCAACCACCAUCACUAUUGCAUGCAGAGAUGGGGUCGGAAACUUAUCAAGGCUGCAUUUUAAAGCCACUCAAUCUUCUGACCUUGUUCAAAGCUACUACCAGUGGCAUACAUACUGGGGUCGCAGGCUUCGCGGCUGCUACCGGGCUAGGCCCUGCGACCCGGUAUGCACGCCAGUGGCAGUGUGGCCACAUUUUGCCAGCCUCUUCUCCUGGGGUGCCCCAAGGCUGGCAGUGGCUUCAGUUUGCCGGCCGGGCUGCUGGGCUCAUAAGGGAGGGAGCACUCUCCCCUGAAUGCUCUCUGCCCAGCUCCCUCGCACUGCUUACUGAUGCCGGAGGCGGAAUAGCAUUCAGGGGAGAGUGCUCCCUCCCUCGCACACGCGCCCAGCAGCCUGGCCGGCAGCCCAGCAACACCUCACUGGACCCCAGGGACAGCAGGACCCCACUGGACCCCAGGGACAGCAGGAAUCCCCACAGCACUCCCAAAGGUAGGGAGGCUGGGGAUUAAAUAAAAUAAAAAAAUAUGUGAGUGUGUAUGUGUGUUAGUGUGUGUUACUGUGUGUGUGUGUGUGUGUGUGUGUGUCUGUUAAUGAGUGUGUUAGUUUGUGUGUGUCAGUGAGUGUGUUACUGUGUGUGUUAGUUUGUGUGUGUCUGCUAGUGAGCGUCAGUAAGUGUGUUACUGUGUGUGUGUGUCUGUUAAUGAGUUUGUUAGUUUGUGUGUGUCAGUGAGUGUGUUACUGUGUGUGUGUGUUAGUUUGUGUGUGUCUGCUAGUGAGUGUCAGUAAGUGUGUUAGUGAGUGUUACUGUGUGUGUGUGUCACUGAGUGUGUUUGUGCGUCUGUUAUUGAGUGUGUGUCUGCUAGUGUGUGUCUGCUAGUGUGUGUCUGUUAGUGUGUGUCUGUUAGUGUGUGUCUGUUAGUGAGUGUGUGUUUGUCAGUGAGAGUGUAUGUUUUGUAAGUGAGUGUGUAUGUUUGUCUGUCACUGAGUGUGUGCCUGUCAGUAAAUGUGUGUGUCUGUUAGCUAGUGUGUAUGAGUCUGUUUCUGAGAGUGUGUGUGUGUAUUUAAAACCCCUUCAGCACUUACCUUUUUCCAGUGCCGGGAUCCCUUGGCACUGGGAUCUCUCCGCCCCGAUCCACCUCUCAACUCCGAAAGCGCAUGCAUGCAUUCAAACCGCCCAUAGGAAAGCAUUACUCAGUGCUUUCCUAUGGACGUCCAGCGGAAUCGCCUCUAGUGAGACAGCUACUAGAGGCUGGAUUAACCCUCAGUGAAACAUACUGCUAUGUUUUCAGCUGCAGGGUUAAAACGAGAGGAACCUGGCACCCAGACCUCUUCAUUGAGCUGAAGUGAUCUGAGUGCCUACAGUGGUCCUUUAAGUGUAUCGGCAUGCACUGGCGGCACACCACGGUCGCAGGGGUCGCAGCCUUGCAACCAGGUGCCCGCCACCAUGUGUUUCAGCACCAGGGGGAGGGGGGGCCCCAUGAAUCUUGUGUACGCCACUGGCUACCACCCACUUCCGUUCGGUGCCAUAUAUAUCCAGAUAACCAUAUAUCUACCUGUUGCAGAAUCCUUGGACCCCAUCUGUGAACAAGGCUGGUCUUAUUCCCACCUGAGCUGUUACAGAUACUUCAAGGAUAAUAAAUCUUUCAAUAAUUCCAAGACAUUUUGUGAGUCAAAAAACUCUCACUUGGUCGUAAUCAACAGUGCGGCUGAAAAGGUUGGUUUAAAAACACUGACAUGAUUUAAUAACAGUGCCAUAACUAUCUACCUGUCAGAAAAGAACAUUAGCAGUAAUUUCUCAUCCUACUGAAGAGUAUUUUUAUCCAGGGAUCCCAAUUUCAAUUAAUGACUAAUAAAGUAUAAAAGGAACAUAACGGCCAAUAUUAACAGGGUAUUCCAUAAAGUGAGAAUUCAAAAUUAAUUCAAUGAGAAUUUUACAUUUUAGCCCAAAGUAGACAAAUUGAAAGCUUAGCUGACUUGGAUAUUUUUUUACAAUUCGUAUAUUUUGGCAUUAGAUGUGUAAUUCACUUUGAAUUUACUUUUAAUUCUCAUGUUAGUGAAUAACUCACAUUUAUAUUAUAUGAGGGUGAUCAUACUUACACAAACAUACACUGAAUUAAGGGUGUGUUCUUAAUUCUUAAUUUGUUGUUACAAAAACUGAUAGGACUAUGAUUAAUGAGUACUCCCCAAUGCAGGCCUUUUUCAAAGAAUAUAUAAGAAAAUAUAUAACUGUUGGCCCAUUAAAUAUUUAUUUGGUGAAACAGUAUAUAUGCCACCAUGAAAAUUAGUGAUAUAUCUGUGUACAUACCAAAAAUCACCAAUGUUAAAUCUUAAAUUAAAUCAAGGAACAGAAAGGAGACAUAUAGUCCAUGGUUUAAAAUUUGUGGAUACACUUUUAAAUGGAUUUACCAUUUUGAAAACAUUUUAAUAUUUUAAUAAUUUGUUAUUUUUUUAAUAUAUAAUUUUUUUGGUUUUUUUUUUAAAAAAAAAUUAAAUAAUUUAUAAAGCUUAUACAAAAUUAUUGAACUGGAACCCUAUUUGUGUAUUUAGAGUGUAUAAAUAACCGGGUGUUAAUAUUCACUUAUAUUAAUAUAAUAAUAUUCACGCACAUACAUAUAUUGAAAGUUGCAUACAUGAUCUGUGUUAUAUAAAUAGAAUUUGUAAAAUAAAAUACUAAAAAAUAUGCAACAAAUAUAUGCAGCAAUCUAAACAAAAAUACCAUGUGAAACAAAAAAAACUGAAAAAUAUCCUUAAAGAUAAAGAUAAUUCUAUCAUGUUUCUCUUUCCUUACAAAAUACAUAAAUGGAGAAAAAAAAGCAGAAGAAAAAUAAAUAUAAAAAUAAAAGUGAGAAAGCCAGAAUGUGGUAUGAUAUGAUUAGAGUAAUGGGAAUAGAGUGCCUGUGAGUUGAUGUAAAGAAGCAGAUUCUAAUAGAACUUGCUAGGAAGGAGGUGUAUGCAUUAACGUGAAUGGAAUGAGCUAUACAUUGAUUGUUUCAUUCUUCAUCCCUACAAGGAGUAUAUAGUUGAAUUUACUGGCAAUGAGAUAAAUUGGAUUGGUCUCUCUAAGGAAAAUGGUGAUUGGAAAUGGGUUGACGGAACAAGAUAUGACCUUAAUCAAACGUAAGUAGAUUCAAGUGCAGCUGUUUUUUGAGUAAUUUACCAUAGUCCAAAUGGCCCCAUACCGAAUGGGUUAAACCAUUUGAUGCUGUAUUGGACCAUUCAGACUGCAAAAUCCAGACAUUUUUUGUGGAAUUCAUAAAUGUAUGGAUUUUUUAACUAACUCGGACGACUGAAAUCCAGACUGAAUGCUGCAGAUCCAGGCCCGGAUUUAUAAAGAUCUGAACUCUUUGUAUGCUAGCAGCACUUAGCAGCCAGAAGGUAAAUAGUUAAAAUAACAAUUAACCAGACACCAAAGAAAAACGCAUAGAAAAAAUAAAUAAAUAAAAAUUAUAUGGAUUAAAUAAGAUCCUCAAAUUACUAUAAUAGUAAUAACUUCACAUAACACCUCCACAUGUCUCCAUGUGCUAUGUGGCAGGUGUGGGUACAUCUUCUAAAUGUUGGGUUGGUGGAUGUCCUAAUAUUAGUAAUAAAAGGAGGGUCUUAUUGACCACCCAUGGGUGGCAGGUGGGGGUGGAUGCCUAAUUUAUUGUAAAAUAGGGUGGUGGACAUGCCAUUAUACACAUGCCAUUAAAAUUAAAGUCCAUACCUACCCACUAAUAGUAAGCAGGGAGCCAAUAGAUCUAAAAAGUGUUCAAUUAUACUUACCAUUCAAAGUUUUAUGUUUUCACAUACUUCAGCCCCUCAAAAAGAUCAAAGAAAAAUACAGAAUAACCAACACCACUAAAUAAAUUUAAAAAAGGUCCAAUUACAAAAAUCAAAACCCUGUUGCAAAGCACUUUUAUAGGCUUUACUACACUAUGAUGCCUAUCAAAAAUGUGGGUAAAUUUUCCAAACUUUGCAGUAUAACCAAGAGUCACUUCUUUCAAGACUUGGCUGUCAGAGCUCAUUGGUUGUCUUACUAGUCAACCAAUCAGAGAGAUCUUGGGCAUAUUGCAAAGCAUGGAAAAUGGCUACCCAGUAGGUUCAUAUAUAUAGUAGAUAAGCCAUGCCCCGUGAGGCAAUAUCAAGGUAAUACACCUCUAUUACAGUAAUAUGACAGUCUUAUCAACCCCUUUAGGAUGUUUUUUUCUUACUUUCAUUUUAUUUUCUUACUUUUUAAUUAACCUUAUUCCGCUAAGGAUUUUUAACUAACUACCCACUGUCUGCUAGUGCUGUCAGUGGGCAAAUAGUUAUUCAAAUUAUCGAUUCACUUGCAAAAAGUAAGUGAAUGAUAAUUUGCAAAUGUGUCUCCUUCCGGAUGCAUUCUGUUUACCCUUGGCUGCCAUGCAGUCAUUGAUCAAUGUCCGAAUCAUGUGCUGUAAAUUGGUUCGGAUGCAGAUAUUGGUGAUUUUAUAAUGCAUUUGAACAAAUUCUACAAAAUCGGUCAGAUAUGGAAUUCAGCAAUUUUAACCAUAUUUUUUCCAUUUGAACAAAAUCUGAUAUUUGGUCAAGAACCCUGUGUGACUUUGUGUUUUUUUUUAAUAAUCGCUUACCUUAUAGCUAUAAGGUAAGCGAUUAUUAAAAAAAAACACAAAGUCACACAGGGUUCUUGACCCCAUGUUCUGUACUUAUUGGCUACAUCAGGAGGUACACUUCUCCAUCAAUAGAACUAUCUUAACAAUGAGUCAUGGGACAGCGACCCAAUGCAUGAAAGUCUGCCAGCAUGGCCAAUAGGUUAAGCUAUUAGUCACACCAAACAUCAAAAUGGGGAAGAAAUAUUUAUUAUGUGACUGUGACCUGGUGCCAGACACGCUGGUUUGAGUGUCUUUAAAAAUUCUCAUCUGGGAUAUUAACAUAUAAAAGUGUCUAGAUAUUAUAGCUAAUGGUAGGAAAAGUGAAAAGGGUAAGAUGUUCUGAGGGUGAAAUGACUUGUUAAUAAAAAAAGCAAAAGAAGAAUGACCAAACUGGUUCAAACUAACUAAAAUAACCGUGCAUUACAACAGUGCUGUGCAGAAGAGCACACAUGCUAAGAACAUAAAGAUGGCAACAGUGGGCACAGUUGUACCAAAUCUACAGAGUGAAAUCUUGGAAAAAAAGUUGACUUGUCUAACUAAUCCGAUUAUUUGCUGCGUCAUGCAGAUACAAAGCAUUUUUUUUUCAAAUACCAUACCGUGGAACAUAGAAUAUGAAGACCUAUUGCUGAUAAAGGCUAACAAUACUCUCCACUACUAAUGACUUUUUAUCUAGAAUAUCUAAAACAUAUACUAGAUAUAUAUUGGAAUAUUGGAAUAUUGGAAUAUUGGAAUAUUUCUUGCAGUGGCAAGAAAAAGUAUGUGAACCCUUUGGAAUGAUAUGGAUUUCUGCACAAAUUGGUCAUAAAUUGUGAUCUGAUCAUCAUCUAAGUCACAACAAUAGACAAUCACAGUCUGCUUAAACUAAUAACACACAAAGAAUGAAAUGCUGCCAUGUUUUUAUUAAACACACCAUGUAAACAGGUGGAAAAAGUAUGUAAACCUUGGAUUUAAUAACUGGUUGAACCUCCUUUGGCAGCAAUAACUUCAACCAAACGUUUCCUGUAGUUGCAGAUCAGACGUGCACAACGGUCAGGAGUAAUUCUUGACCAUUCCUCUUUACAGAACUGUUUCAGUUAAACAAUAUUCUUGGGAUGUCUGGUGUGAAUCGCUUUCUUGAGGUCAUGCCACAGCAUCUUAAUCGGGCAUCUUAAUCGGGCUGAGGUCAGGAUUCUGACUGGGCCACUUCAGAAGGCAUAUUUUCUUCUGUUUAAGCCAUUCGCUUGUUGAUUUACUUCUAUGCUUUGGGUCAUUGUCCUGUUGCAACACCCAUCUUCUAUUGAGCUUCAGCUGGUAGACAGAUGGCCUUAAGUUCUCCUGCAAAAUGUCUUGAUAAACUUUGGAAUUCAUUUUUCCUUCGAUGAUAGCAAUCCGUCCAGGCCCUGACGCAGCAAAGCAGCCCCAAACCAUGAUGCCCCCACCACAGCUGGGAUGAGGUUUUGAUGUUGCUGUGCUGUGCCUUUUUUUCGCCACACAUAGUGUUUUGUGUUUCUUCCAAACAACUCAACCUUGGUUUUAUCUGUCCACAGAAUAUUUUGCCAGUACUGCUGUGGAACAUCCAGGUGCUCUUGUGCAAACUGUAAACGUGCAGAAAUAUUUUGUUUGGACAGCAGUGGCUUACUCUGUGGUAUCCUCCCAUGAAAUCCAUUCUUGUUUAGUGUUUUACGUAUUGAAGAUUCGCUAACAGGGAUGUUAGCAUUUGCCAGUGACUUUUGUAAGUCUUUAGCUGACACUUUAGGAUUCUUCUUCAGCUCAUUGAGCAGUCUGUGCUGUGCUCUUGCAGUCAUCUUUACAGUACGACCACUCCUAGGGAGAGUAGCAGCAGUGCUGAACUUUCUCCAUUUAUAGACAACUUGUCUUAUCAUGGACUGAUGAACAGCAAGGCUUUUGGAGAUACUUUUAUAACCCUUUCCAGCUUUAUGCAAGUCAACAAUUCUUAAUUGUAGGUCUUCUGAGAGCUCUUUUGUGCAAGGCAUCAUUCACAUCAGGCAAUGCUUCUUGUGAAAAGCAAACCCAAAACCGGUGUGUGUUUUUCAUAGGGCAGGGCAGCUGUAACCAACACCUCCAAUCUCAUUUCAUUGAUUGGACUCCAGUUGGCUGACAUCUCACUCCGAUUAGCUCUUGGAGAUGUCAUUAGUCUAGGAGUUCACAUACUUUUUCCACCUCCACUGUGAAUGUUUACAUGGUGUGUUCAAUAAAAACAUAGUAACAUUUCAUUCUUUGUGUGUUAUUAGUUUAAGCAGACUGUGAUUGUCUAUUGUUGUGACUUAGAUGAUGAUCAGAUCACAUUUAUGACCAAUUUGUGCAGAAAUCCAUUUCAUUCCAAAGGGUUCACAUACUUUUUCUUGCAACUGUAUAUAUAUUUCCUGACUAAUUGAAGUAAAUUAUUGAUUUUUCUUAAGAUAUUACUUGUUGUUAUUUGAAUAGUCUAUUAGAUAUCAGUAAAACAUUAUAUAAACUAAACACACAACAUACACUAAAUUAUUGUCUAUUACAUAUACAUCCUAUAUAUAAUUUAUGGGGUUAUUUACUGAAGUCCAAAUGGCUUGUCGAACAGUGACCACUCAGAACGUUUGCGGUUUAGGAUGAUGUUUAUGAGGAGACAGGAGUCAAUGAGUGGCACACUCCACAUAUGGGUGGUCUAUUCGUUCGGGAGUUUGUUUGGUAGGUGAACGAAAUAAUAAUAAAGUGAAAUAAACUGCAAUGCCCUGAACAUAUAAGAAAAUAAAACAGUAAUUACAAUUCAGGGACAGGGUGAUCCAUCACAGUGCUUCCACCUUGUGGAACACUCUGGUUUGACCCUUUUUAGGUCAACUUGGGGAUGUCUGGUCUUGGGUUAUGUGCCUUGUUCCAUCUGUCGGGACAACCCAUCGGCGUUGCCAUUCUGCUUACCUGGCAAGUAGUAGAAAAAUGUAGAGUUGUAGUGCCAAACUGCACUGUAGUAGUCGGUCAUUAUAACCCGCAAUCUGGUUAAGUCACACCAACAGAUUGUGAUCUGUGACCAAUGUAAAUUUCCAUCCAUACAAAUAAGAGGUUAGUUUCUUCAAUGCCCAACCAGGCUAGACAUUCUUUUUCCACAGCGAUGUAGCUCAGCUCCUGGGCGACAACUUCCUACUGAGGUAUGUGACAGGGUGCCCUCCUCCAUCUUCUCCAACUUGGAUUAGGACUGCCCCCAGUCCAAACAUGGAAGCAUCUGUGUGUACAAUAAAACACUUGUUAGGGACUGGGGCAGCAAGGACAGGAGCAUUUAUCAGGGCUUGCUUUAGUGAGUCACAUGUUGGUGACCACAGGACCUGCCUGGGUAAGCUUUUCUUUGUCAGGUCGGUCAGGGGUUUGUCAAUAGUGCUAUAUUCAGGUAACAAAUGUCUGUAAUACCCCGUGGUUUUACAAACAAGCCAACACUUGGGAUUUGGUCGCUGCUUUUCACACCUCAUUCUGUAUCCCAAAUACUGAACUUCUGCCAUACCAAGAUGACACUUGUCUGGCUUCAGAGUCAGGCCUGGUCCAGCAGUGUCCCUACAUGAACUAAGUGUUCUUUCCAGGACUCACUGUAGAUUGCAAUGUCAUCCAGUUACGCACAGGCGAAAUCCUGGAAGCCAUCAAGGAGUCUAUCCACCAUGCGCUGGAAGGUGGCCAGGACAUUCUUCACCCUGAAUGGCAUGACCCUAAACUGAUACAAGCCAAAUGAGGUGACGAAGGCCUACUUGGGGAUAGCUUCCUCAGCCAGGGGGAUAUGCCAAUAUCCUUUGCACAAGUCUAUGGUGGACAGAUAUUGUCCCCUGGCAAUGCAAUCUGGCAGUUAAUCUAUCCAGGGCAUCGGGAACGCGUCUGUAACAGUCUUGUCAUUUAGUCGCUGGUAGUCAACACUGGGUAGUCCCAUCUUUCUUAGAUACGAGGACUACCGGUGAGGCCCACGGACUAUCAGAGGGUUAGAUGAUGCCUAGCUGUAACAUUUUCUGUAUCUCCUUCCCUCUCAAACUGCUUCAGGGAUAUGGUAGGGAGGUUGUCUGAGUGGUGCUUGCCCAGGGGGUCUCUACUUUGUGGGUAGCUAGAGUGGUGUACCUGUGCUCUUGGGAAAAGGUCUACUUUCUAAUAACUAGUGAGCCUGAUCCUUCUCUACCUCCAUUAAUCUAUCACUAAUUUCACCUGACUAAUGAUAUCAGUUUGAAUAGCCCUUUCUAGCAGAUUGGGGAGGGGGAGAUUGUCCUGGUCAUCUGUAACUGGGACACAUACUACUGCUAUGUCUUCCUGUCUCUCUUGGUACUCCUUCAGCAUGUUGAUAUAAAAGGAUCUCCGUAUCCUCUCAUCGGCACAGCUUGCGACUACUAAGGUGGUGUCACAGAGCUGUUCCACCACCUUGUAGGGGACCUGCCAUGCUGCCUGAAGUUUGUCCUGUCUGGUAGGUUUCAGCACCAGGACUCUCUGCCCCACCUGGAACGUACGCUGACAUGCACCCCAAUCAUACCAAACUUUCUGUCGCCCCUGAGUCGCCUGGAGAUUGUCCUUUACCAUCUUAGCCAACUGCUCCAUGCAGUCCCUGAGUUCCACUACAUACGGCACAAUGGGGGUCCCUCCGUGUUCCAUUUCCCCUUUUAGUGUUCCCUAAUGAGAUCAAGGGGUCCUCGCACCCUUCUCCCAUAGAGCAACUUGAAAGGGGAAAACCCAGUAGAUUUCUGAGGCACCUCUCAAUAAGCAAACAAGAGGUGCGACACGAACCACUUCAAGUCUCUGCAAACAUCGGUAAAGGUCCUCAACAUCUGCUUGAGGGUACCAUUGAACCGCUCACAGAGACCAUUGGUCUGGGGGUGGUAAGGCGAGCUAAGUAUGGGCUUAAUACCACAUACCUUCCACAGCUGUUGGAUUAGGUCUGCGGUGAAUGAUCUCCUUGGGAAACCCCAGCCUAGCGAACAUCCUAACCAGAGCCUCGGCAACUGUCUCUGCAUGGACAGUCUUCAAGAGGGCAAUCGCUUCAGAAUAGUGGGUGACGUAGUCCACCAUGAUAAGAAUGUACUUCUUACCGGAUGGACUGGGUCUAGCCAGGGGUCCAACUAGGUCGACUGAUAUUCAGCUAUAGGGCUCCUCAAUAAUGGGCAUAGAUAACAGCCAAGCUUUAGGGUGGCAACCACCCUUCCCUACCCGCUGACAAGCAUCACAGGUCUUGCAGUAUUGUUGCAUGUUCAUAGAGACUCCUGGCCAAAAGAAUUUCUGGGUCACCCUAUGGGAAAUGCAGUUCCCAAAUGUCUUGCCAAGGGUUUCAGUAAGUUGGUAUAACAGGAUAGGUUAUACCGACUUACUGAAACCCUUGGCAAGACAUUUGGGACAUGCAUCUCCCAAAUGUCUUGCCAAGGGUUUCAGUAAGUCGGUAUAACCUAUCCUGUUCCCAAAUAAACAUCUAACCCUCUAACCUCCCUUGCUCAGUGUCUGCCGUGACUCAGUACUUAUGCAAUGUGGGAUCAAAGAGAGUCUCCCUCACAAACUCCUCUGGGGUAUCCCAGGCUAACUUGGUCGAGUCUAGAGUCACAGUCUGGUUUUGGUCUCUUCCCUGGUUCUCUCCGGCAUAUGAGUCGGCUGCCGCAUUCCUCGCUUGCAGUCGAGUUGUGACAGGGUUGGCUUCAGCAGAUACGCUCAGGAUGUAGGCAGCCAAGUCAUUCCCCAAUAAUCCUUCAUAAUCCCCACAUUCACAGUGCCAGAUCCAGCCCCCAAUCUAGGUGAACAUGGCAGUAGAUAGGCGAUUUACAGAUCCCCCAGCUACCCGAACAGCUACGGUUUGUCCGGUGUGUUCCUUGUCUCUUACCAGGUGGCGUUGGACCAAAGUCAGGGUAGCUCCAGUAUCUCUAAAUCGACCAGCCUAUUUCCCGUUCAUCAGCACAAUUUGCCGUGGUGUUGUCGGUUAUCCCAGGUGGCUGCUUGCACCAGGUCAGCCUCAUGCAAAACUCCCCUGUGUAUUCCUCUGUGUUGAUCUCAGUUUCCAAGCAAUGAGCGGCCAUAGCUGAGCACAGGGUGGUGGAGUGCCAGUGCGGCCCAAUGUAGGUCUGGGGGGCUCUAGGAGACAAUCACAUGUCCCAACUGUUUGCAACGGUAACACUGCACCCCGUUGUUGGGUGGGGAGGGUUGCAAUAUAGGCGGGCCUCGGUAGGGUGCAUGACCCGUGGUCACCAGAGCCCGGAAUUCUGGAAGAGGUGGCGUCUUACUGGGGCAUGCUUUCCUUGAGUCUGUGUACUCGUCGGCCAGAUGAGCAGUUUCAGGCAAGGCGAGGGGUCUCCGGUCACUAAUCCAUUCUUGUAUCUCCAGCUGCAGGGCAUUAGAAAAAUGUUCCAGGAGGAACAGCUAUAACACAUCCUCAUCUGAUAGGACUUGACAACUUGUAAUCCAAUGGGAUGCAGUUCUGUGGAAGCGACAGGCCCACUCGGUGUAGAAAUCCUCGCUUUGUUUUUUGGAUUCCCGGAACCGUCUGCAGUACACCUCGGGGGUGACAACGUACCGGGCAAGCAAGGCUUCCUUUAUUGUAGAGUGUAUCUCAUUGCUGGAUAUAGCUCUAAAUGCUUCGGCAGCUUUACCCAACAGCUUUUCUGGCAAGAAUGGUGACCCAUUCAUCAGUGGGCACUUUGUGUAAGGCAUAUUGUCUUUCAAAGUCUGCGAGGUAGGCAUUUAUUUACCCCUCAGCUUCUUGGACAUUUUUAAAAGCUGUGAAUGACACCUUCUUCUGCUCUAUUGGGGCUGAGGUUUUUUCCAUGGCUGGGCUCUCUGGACGCUGGAUCUCCAUCAGGCGUAACUGGUACUGUCGCUUUUCCGGAGCCUCAGCAUCUGCAGCAGAUUUUUGAAGGGGAUUGGGUCCAUACAAUGCCAAUCGCAGCCAAAUGGUUCUCAGCAAUUUGUCUUCUGCAUUCGGGUUCACCAGUUCAGGCAUAGUGUUCGUUCAGUCCAUUUCCAGCAGUUCGGCCAGUAGUUCCCUUUUCGUACGGUUGUUUGCCGUUCGACCGCGUCUCUCCAACAACUCCCUCAGGGUUUAUUGCUUCAAUCAUUCAUUUCUCCAUCCACUUAUACCAUUCUUGGAUCCAGAUGCAGCAUCUCCUCUAGGGAAAAAGAACCAUCCCACUGCUGCCACUAGAUGUGGCGGCCAACCCGAAAGGGAAAAGGGAUUUCGCCACCAGAGGUGUUCCAUCCCCCCUAGUGUGAGGGUUCCUGUGAUGCCGACCAGGAACAGCUCUUACAAGAGCUAGUGAUAUAGCACUCCAACAGUAGGGAGACAGCUGCUCUAGACUGUGGGACAACUGGUUUAAUGGGGGCCACACACAGCCUUUUAUGUCAGUCCCCAUGGGUAGGGCCGGACUGGGUCGGACUGGCUGACCUGUGGCCGCAGAGGGAGCUCUUUUGGCGGUCGCAGGGGGAGCUGGCUGUUCUGUCUCUGGUCCCCCACUCCAGCACACUGCUUAAUGAGACCUGGGCCGGAAUAUGAUGUCAAAAAAUGGUCUGUGGAAUUAUGCACUGUGUUCCAAUCAUUGCCCAUUUGUGUGUGAGAAGGACAUCUUAUAUCGUUGAGGACUGUAAGCCAUGAGGAGACAAUGUGAUGACCAUCUGAGUCCAUCAAAAAAAUUCCCAUCUAAUAACCCAGCACAAUAGAAGAGGAGAGGUUCACUCAUUGCAUAUGUAUUAUCCGCUGUUGAAUCUGUAUAAAUUUAAUUUUAAGCUAUUGUAAUGCGUAUAACAUAUGGUAAACAAUGAACACACACAUUCCGGCCCCGGUCUCAUUAAGAGGCUUGCUGGGGAGGGGGAACAGAGACAGAACAGCCAGCUUCCCCUGCGGCCGCCAAAAGAGCUCCCUCCUCAGCCACCAGAAGAGCCAGCUCCCCCCAGGCGGCCACCAUCAGAGCUUCCCAUGCGGCUGCCAGCACAUAGGUAGCAAUUAUGUGUGUCAGUGUGAGUGUAUGUGUGUGUCUGUGUCAUUUGUGUGUGUGUCUGUCAUGGUGUGUCUGUCUGUGUCAUGGUGUGUGUGUGUGUGUGUCUGUCUGUUUCAUGGUGUGUGUGUGUGUGUCUGUCUGUGUCAUGGUGUGUGUGUGUCUGGCUGUGUCAUGGUAUGUGUGUCUGUGUCAUUGUGUGUGUCUGUCUGUGUCAUGGUGUGUGUGUGUGUGUCUCUGUCUGUCAUGGUGUGUGCAUCUGUGUCAUGGUGUGUGUGUCUCUGUCUGUGUCAUGGUGUGUGUGUGUCUGUCUGUGUCAUUGUGUGUGUCUGUGUCAUUGUGUGUGUGUCUCUGUCUGUCAUGGUGUGUGCAUCUGUCUGUGUCAUGCAAUGUGUGUCUGUGUCAUUCUGUAUGUGUGUCUUUCAUGUAAUGUGUGUCUCUCUGUGUCACGGUCUGUCUGUGUCAUGGUGUGUGUGUGUGUUUGUCAUGGUGUGUGUGUCUGUAUGUCAUGAUGUGUGUGUGUCUGUCUGUGUCAUGUAAUGUGUUUCUGUCUGUGUCACGGUGUGUGUGUGUCACGGUCUCUCUGUGUCGUGGUGUGUGUGUCUGUCUGUGUCACGGUGUGUGUGUGUCACGGUCUCUCUGUGUCGUGGUGUGUGUGUCUGUGUGUCAUGGUGUGUGCGUCUGUCUGUGUCAUGUAAUAUGUAUCUGUGUCAUGGUGUGUGUCUGUGUCAUGGUCUGUCUGUGUUAUGGUGUGUGUGUGUGUCUUUUUUAAGGUGUGUGUCUGUCAUGGUAUGUGUGUGUGUCUGUCAUGGUAUGUGUGUGUCUCUGUCAGUGUGUGUGUGGGUUUGUCUGUCUGUCAUGGUGUGUCUGUGUUUCUCUCUGUGUCACGGUGUGUGUGUAUUUCUGUCUGUGUCAUGGUGUGUGUGUGUCUGUGUCACGGUCUGUCUGUGUCAUGGUGUGUGUGUCUUUCAUGGUAUGUGUGUGUGUGUGUAUGUGUGUUUUUACUUACCUUUUUUUUUCACCACGUCGUGCUGGUCUCCCCUCGACUGGCCCUGCCUUUAUGGCUGAGAUCAUCAAGCUUGAUGAUCUCAACCAAUCCGCACUGACACAGGAAGCACCUCUACUGACCGUCUGAGUGUCUGUCACUAGGAAGCAAUGUAAACACUGCCUUUUCUCUAGACACCAGAGCCACUACAUUAAGCUGUGUGUAUAUGGCGCAAUGACUUAUGGGGCUGGCAUAGAUUUUUUUUCCAGGGCUGCUUUGGAAUCCCCAGUCCGGCCCUGACCAUGGGACCUACUGUUACAUAUGCCAGAGGCAUCCCUACUGGACCUGGGAGGGGACUAUGAUAAUGUAUAAACUGUUAUAACCUUGGCUCUCAGGUCCAGGACACUAAAAACUGUGUAAUCGCUCCCCUGUGCCUGAGAGAUAAUUGUGGCAGGAACUGUACUAGUGGUACAACAGAUGAAAUAUAACACACAUGCUCCCCAGUGGGUAAUAGUAUAUAAAAUAAAAUGUACCCUUUUUGUGAAUAUAUUAGAUUGUAAGAAUAUCCCUCAAGUCGUCUUAAUAAAAUACAAGCAGUACAAUCUAGAAAUAUAAGAAUAUACAGAAACCAGCAAUGGUGUGGUAUAUUGAAGCACCAGAAAAUGAGCAUGCGGCAAAUUGCAUUUACAAGAUAGAAGUAAGUUGUAGGUAUAUAAGAAUCGGUAGAAUUUGGAGGAGCUCAGUUUUCUUCUUUUUCAACCUUUAUUAAAAGAUCAAGAGGGAGAAAUGCAAACAUAGUGCACCAGUAUAAUCAAUAAGAAAGGGUUUAUUUUAGCUUGCACUCACAAGAUAGAAGUUAAAAUUCAGCAUUUCCAGUACCACGGUCCCUUCUGUUCUAAGGGCGAGCUUUGUAGUGGCAAGAAGAAAUUAAAAUAAAAACUCAACAAAUAAAAUAAACUAAAUAAAUAAACAAAAUAAUACAAUAAAAAUAGCAAUAAUAAGGUUUAGGAGUGUCAAUGAGGUGACAGGGGUCACUGAGUGGCACACUCCACAUACGGGUGGUCUAUUCAUCAGAGGAGUUUGUUUGGUAGGUAAACUAAAUAAUAGAAUGAAAUAAACUGCAAUGUCCCGAACACAUAAGAGAAUAAAAAAAAGUAAUUACAAUCCCGGGACAGAGUUAUCUAUCACAGCCCCAUACCAAAGGGUCAUAAAACAUCCACUUUAUAGCAAGCACUUCCAGUGAGCAAAUAGUACUUAAAAUUAUUGUUCGCUUUCAUAAAAGCAAAUGAAUGACAAUUUGAAAAAAUGUGCAUUUGGUCUUUAUUCAGUUCAAAACUGGUGCUUUGAGAAUAAUCCAAUUCCUAUACUUUGUGUAGGAUUUGGAUGUGAAAGUAAUCAUUUUACUUCGGACACCAAAUGCUUCCAUUCGAUUGUUGCAGGAUUGCUUUGCCUGACUAUAUUUAAUUUGGCUUUAUUAAAAUAUGAGAAAUAUCAUUGCAGUCAGAAUUAAAGCUACACUGUAGGCACCCAAACCACUUUAGAAACUUCAAUAAUUACCUGCUAGGGUUAACUCCUCCUCUAGUGGCUGUCUACGUUUGGGACUUUGGGGCUCGAAGACAACCUUUGGUUGCCUAAACAACACUCGAUGUCCUCACGCUAUGCAUGAGGUCUUCCAGCAUCACCGGAAUCCCCAUUGAAUAAUGCUUUCCUACGGGGAAAUCCUAAUGCGAGCACAGCCAUGCUGUAGGGGUUCAGAGUGUCCCUUUACCAAUAAGACAGCCCUAUUUAUAUCCUAUGGUAAACAGAUUGCAAUUUCUGAUUUGCUCACUUUUUGAAUUGAAUGAGGCUUUUUUCACACACUCUGUUGUGAUUUACAUAUUGUAUUGAAUACUUUCAGUAAAUUACUCACAAUUUACAUCAAACGACAAGCUCCUUGAAUAUUGCUUGAAAUUUUACUUUUGUUUUUGCUCACAGUUUACCCACUUUACCCACUCUACUCAUUUGUAUCAUACCGGCUGUUUUUUGCUGAACAAUAAGACAUCACUGAAAAUGUACUUGAAAUUUGACAUUUUUUACUACACAAGUUUCAUUAUUUGAGAGGUUAAUAUGACAAAGGAGACAAAGACAUAUUAGACAGGUUUUUUUCUCACUAUUUGAGGAUGUUGGCAUUUAUCACUGUUAGAGAAUAUUGGAGGGAGGUGGACUUAAUAAAUAGUUAUUUGUUUAUGAUGGGGUUUCUCAAUUUUAUAGAAUGCUAGAGGAUGCUUUCUCUGUGUCAUCAUUGCUAUAGAAUACGGGAGAGGGGGUUAUACUCAUUUUCACAGUAUAUAAAAAGGAUUUUUUAUUUCAUAUUAGUUGGCAAUAAAAUGUUGUCUAAAUCAAUUUUGCUAACACAUGUAUUAACAUAUUCCAAUUUCGUUUGGUAACUUUAUACAUUCUAUGUUGUAGCUACUGGGUUCCAGGACAACCUGAUAAUGGGAGGGACCAGAAGACAGGUGAAGUUGAGAGUUGUGCUACUUUUAGACAAAAUGGUCUGUGGAAUGAUGCACUGUGUUCCAAUCAUUGCCCAUUUGUGUGUGAGAAGGACAUCUUAUAUCGUUGAGGACUGUAAGCCAUGAGGAGACAAUGUGAUGACCAUCUGAGUCCAUCAAAAAAAUUCCCAUCUAAUAACCCAGCACAAUACAAGAGGAGAGGUCCACUCAUUGCAUAUGUAUUAUCCGCUGUUGAAUCUGUAUAAAUUUAAUUUUAAUUUUAAGCUAUUGUAAUGUGUAUAACAUAUGGUAAACAAUGAACCAUGUCAAUAUUGGAAAUAAAGUUUAAUACACA